CCGCGGCCGCCAGUGAGCCUCGACCCGCGGGUCUCCAUCUACAGCGUGCGCCGCCCGCUGCUCGCGCGCACCCACGUCCAGGGCCGCGUCUACAACUUCCUCGAGCGCCCCACGGGCUGGAAGUGCUUCGUCUACCACUUCGCUGUCUUCCUCAUCGUCCUGGUCUGCCUCAUUUUCAGCGUGCUGUCCACCAUCGAGCAGUAUGCCGCGCUGGCCACAGGGACGCUCUUCUGGAUGGAGAUCGUGCUGGUGGUGUUCUUUGGGACGGAGUACGUGGUCCGCCUCUGGUCUGCAGGCUGCCGCAGCAAGUACGUGGGCGUCUGGGGACGGCUGCGCUUCGCUAGGAAGCCCAUUUCCGUCAUUGACCUCAUCGUGGUGGUGGCCUCCAUGGUCGUCCUUUGUGUGGGCUCCAAGGGCCAGGUGUUCGCCACGUCCGCCAUCAGGGGUAUCCGCUUCCUCCAGAUCCUCCGGAUGCUGCAUGUGGAUCGCCAGGGAGGCACCUGGCGGCUCCUGGGCUCUGUGGUCUUCAUCCACCGCCAGGAGCUGAUAACCACGCUCUACAUCGGCUUCCUGGGCCUCAUCUUCUCCUCCUACUUUGUGUACCUGGCCGAGAAGGAUGCAGUGAACGAGUCGGGUCGCGUUGAGUUCGGCAGCUACGCGGACGCGCUGUGGUGGGGGGUGGUCACAGUCACCACCAUUGGCUACGGGGACAAGGUGCCCCAGACCUGGGUUGGGAAGACCAUCGCCUCCUGCUUCUCCGUCUUCGCCAUCUCCUUCUUCGCACUCCCAGCGGGCAUCCUGGGCUCAGGGUUUGCCCUCAAAGUGCAGCAGAAGCAGAGGCAGAAGCACUUCAACCGGCAGAUCCCAGCAGCAGCGUCCCUCAUCCAGACUGCGUGGCGGUGCUACGCUGCCGAAAACCCCGACUCCUCCACCUGGAAGAUCUAUGUGCGGAAGCCCAGCCGGAGCCCCGUGCUGCUCUCGCCCAGCCCCAGGCCUAAGAAGUCCGCCAUGGUCAAGAAAAAGAAGUUCAAAGUGGACAAGGAUAACGGGGUCAACCCUGGAGAGAAGGUGCUCACGGUCCCCCACAUCACCUGCGAUCCCCCAGAGGAGCGGAGGCCAGACCACUUCUCUGUCGACGGCUACGACAGCUCUGUGAGGAAGAGCCCCACGCUGCUGGAGGCGAGCCCGGCCCACUUCCUGAGAACCAGCAGCUUUGCCGAGGACCUGGACCUGGAAGGGGAGACGCUGCUGGCCCCCAUCACCCACGUGUCACAGCUCCGGGAGCACCAUCGGGCCACCAUCAAGGUCAUUCGACGCAUGCAGUACUUUGUGGCCAAGAAGAAGUUCCAGCAAGCAAGGAAGCCCUACGAUGUGCGGGAUGUCAUCGAGCAGUACUCUCAAGGCCACCUCAACCUCAUGGUGCGCAUCAAAGAGCUGCAGAGAAGGCUGGACCAGUCCAUCGGAAAGCCCUCCCUGUUCAUCCCUGUCUCAGAAAAGAGCAAGGACCGCGGCAGCAACACCCUCGGCGCCCGCCUGAACCGGGUGGAAGACAAGGUGACGCAGCUGGACCAGAGGCUGGUGGUCAUCACGGACCUGCUCCACCGGCUGCUCUCCCUGCACCAGGGUGGCCCCCCUAGUGGGGGCGGGGCCCAAGUGGUCCAGUCCCGCAGCGAAGGUGGCUCUGUCCACCCCAAGCUCUUCCUGCCCGCCAACUCUCUGCCCACCUACGAACAGCUGACCGUGCCCCAGAGAGGACCCGAUGAGACAUCCUGAUGGGGGCUGGGCAGGGUGGGCCUGGGUGGGGAGGCCUGUGGAAGCCCAGCGGCCCUCCCCACCUCCCUCUUAGCAAGGUACCCACCUGGACCUGGCCACCUCCCCAAAGACCCUGGGAGAACGACGUGGCUCCCAUAUGGGAGCCAUGCCACCAGCAGAGCCCAUGCUGAGGGGCCAGGCCAGCCACCUCCUCCCCACCAAUGGGUACUAGGACUCAGCUGGGUGUUGGGCCCUCUUAGGCUAGUCUACCACCCCAACUGUGGUGACGGCCUCACGUGCAUGGCCGCUGGGGCACGAUGGUAGGGUACACCCAGGGCAUUGGGCCUGGCCUGGGCACAGAGAGCCAGGAUGCGGCCCAGGCCAAAGGGGGCCAGCCCGGUUAGAUGAGGGGCUUCCUGGGGGACACACAGGAGUCGCCUGGAUGGGGUCUGUGGGUCUUUGAGCCCUGCCUCCAAUUCAGGGCCCAGCAGGGCACAGGCAGAAUGACCAGAGGACAGCCUACCACCAGGCCUGAGAGCCUGGCUCGACUCUGGUUCUCUAGAGAUGCUGACCCUGGGGCAGGGGAUGGGGGUGCCCACCGCCCACUCUGGGCAGGCAGCUUCUCCCACCCCCUGUGGACAGCAACCCCUGCAUGUGGUCCCUGCCUGUGAUUCUCGCCUGGUCGGAGCAGCUGGACAGACCCACAGACGGAGCCACACACCCCUCACCAGCUGCCAAGCCAGGGGAUUUCCACGCGGGACGGGCUCCUCCGGGCAUCGCCGGCUGGUCUGCGGUGGCUGGGUCUGUUCUAAUGAGGUCACGGUGUGAUUUUGAUUGCUGAUUGAGCAAGCCUUCCCCAAUAAACACGGAGCGCCAUGGUGGAUCUUGGCCCUGCUCUCGCCUUGA